AUGCCACCUUCGGCGCUCCGACUCCAGCCAGCAAUCUACCAACUACCAAACGAAAUUCUGACGGAAAUCGCUGCAUAUGUGAAUCAAAUCAGUCUUGAUGAAGACCCGAGCAAUGCCAAGAAAGCAACGCUGACCAAGUUCGACUUUUGGGUUCCUGAAGCUUCGCGGAAGGCUGUCACCACCCUCGAGAACUGUACAUUCGUCUCGAGGAGGUUCCACGAUGCCUUUCGGCCCUUCCUAUACCGUUUCGUCAACCUUCGGACUCACCGAGUCAGACAUGGCAAUGGGCGCCCAGUCUCCAUCCUUAGGCUCCUCAAAAACCUUCGGGCGCUACUCGAUCGCGAACCCAGGAUUGCGCGGUGGAUUCGCGUGUUGGGGUUCUGGGUCGAUUUCGACUUUGAACUCAUGGCUCGCAGAGCUGGAUCCCAUUCGGACUUUGGGGCUAUACUCUCAAAGACAACUUCUUUGACGAGUUUCCGGAUUGACGGGUAUGCGCUGCUUUCAUGGCAGGACCUUCGCCCGGGGGUGCAGGCCGCGUUGGAGGGUGUGUGUAGGUUGAGGACGCUGAGGGAGCUUAGAGUUGUUACGCGUCUGCUGCCACCUGCGGUUUUCCUUUCGGCGCCUUCGCUUUGCCGCCUCGAGUUGGUCGAUGCGAGGGCAGUGGAGGGGCACGCUCGACCAGGGAUUCAAGGGCAGAUCAUAUCCUGGAGCGGGAUGGCUUUGAAGGAACUAAAGUCUCCACUUGGACUUCGUUCGCUAUCGUGCCAUCAAGAUCUCGAACUCCUCCAGUUCUUCCGCGACGUUUCACCUUGGGCAUUUGGGAGGCUAGAACGACUGGUGUUAGAAUGCAAGCACCCUCAAUCCGAGACGAGCUUUAUCCAGGACUUCCUUCAAGUCGUGGAAGGUAGCCUGGAGGAAUUGGACAUUCGAUUCGGAGACAUGUUCGGCUGGGCUCCUUUGGAAGAUCCAACCCCACAAAGUCUUCCUAGCCUCGACUUUGCGAGACUAGUGAAACUUCGACGGGCGAAACUUUCUUACGGAUGCAAAGCGGGUGUGGACGACCAGGUCUACGAAGACAUGUUGAUUGAUACGCUUGCAUCACUGCGUAGUAUAGACACAGUGGAGGAGGUGGAGUUGUAUCUCCCUUGGAGGCGGGAUUACGUCUCUAGCCCGGACGCAGAUGACCCUUCGGACAUUGAAUAUGCAAGGCUCCCGGCCUUUCUUCGUCGAUUGGAUGGGGUGUGGUCAGGGUUUCGGGAUGGGGGAGGGUACAGAAGUCUAAAGAGUAUCAAGAUAUGCAUAGAGCUCUGCGGACAGGACUAUGGAGAGCGAGAGGGUUCGAUGGAGCUCAUUGCUCCGGAGGAUCUGGUGGACCUGCCAUCUGUUGAAGACCUUUUCCCUACUUUACACUCUUUCGAACAGUUUCGAUAUGAAACAUUGCAGUCAUUUUAUUGA